GUACAAUUGCGCCACCAGGUUCCGACCACCCACGCCAAAUACGUGUCAAAUUGCUAAUACCAUUAUCAGCUUCAAUUGCAUCAUCGUCGUCAUCGACAGUAAUUAUUGUUUGUCCACUCGGUCAUGCUUGUGCUUGUUAUAACAAUAAAGCUAUCUGCUUUACUCAUUAACUAUUAACUAGGUUAAUAUUUGAUCUCAACCUGCUGACAUUUGUUUUGUUUCGCUUCCCAUAUUAGAAAGAUUUAUAGUAUCAACAAGAUCAUGUUUAAAAUAAACACUUUAUAUGGAAGCAUCGUUUAUUCCGCUGACUCCAUCAAGUAGGUAACAGCGGCGUAGGCGAUGGUGGUAUACAUUGCAACGUGCCGAUUUGAAUCCAAGGUCUUUCCUAGUGGAAGAGAACGGAGUUUCCUGCGCCGCCUAUCUCUGCGCACACCGACAUUCGCACGUGCACGCACACGCGCCCACGUGUCGCUAUUCUUUGUGUUAAAUCUUUCCUAGCUACCGUACCGUUGCGAGGCAUCUUCUUUUUGUGCCGUCCUGUGGCGUUUGAUGUCGGAGCCUCCAAGCGCUUCAUUAUAUAGGCGACGGGCGAUGCGCGCGCUCGCAGUUAGUGUGUCACUGGAGCCGGCGCGAGAGGUGGCCUGCAAGGACUGUACACUGACUGAGCCGCCGCCAACCUUUUUUUCCGUGCGUGCGAUGUUUUCACUUUCGUCAUUUUGACUGGGCCAGUUUAAUUUGACGUCGCUCGCGCACGGACGUGCCUAGAAUCGGACGUUGUGUUAUCCUGUGAUCGUUGGUGCCGCGGAUUGUUUGUUUUCUAUAUUUUUAUGUGGAAAAGAUGGCUGUGAUAUAGUGCUAAAUAAUGUUUGAUAGCAACAUUCUUUUGAAUUUCUACAAUGAGCUUGUGAAUAGAAAUGCUUUGCAGUUGGCGAGUGCUGGAAUGAUGGGCGAAGGCUUGCUGACGCUGACGUACGGCAAGCACCACGCCUGCAUCCUGAAUGAAGUGGGGGCGGCGUGGCGCGGCGCAAGAUAUUCCGACCUUGUGCUCGUGUGCGAUGACGCCGUGCCCCUUGCCGCGCACAGGAUCGUCAUGGCUGCUGCUAGCCCACUCAUAAGAAAAAUUCUCGAUGAUACACCAUCAGUCGAGUGCCCUGUCACUAUCCACAUGUCUGGCAUCAGCAGCACUCUCAUGAGGCAUCUCCUUGUCUUCUUGUACAGUGGUCAAGCUUACAUUGAGUCUGGGGAAAUCGAUGACAUGCAAGAAUUAUUUGAGCUACUGGAAAUUAAAUCGGAUGUAUGGAAGUCAACAAAAGAAAGGCAACAGGCAGAAGAAAGGAAUCGAUCUUGCGAACGACGACCUAAAAACCUCAAAACAGAUAUAAACAGUAAUGAAAGCAGUAAACACGAUGCACCGUCUGGAUCUUCACAUUCUGAAAGCGAUAGGGUCACUCCUGGAACAGGCACACAUAAAGACAGAGGUGACGAAGGAUUAAGUAUAAAGAAAGAAAGCAUGUCGACCAGUAGUAAUGACGAAAGAGAAGAUGAAGAUCAUGAUGGUGAGAAUAAGGAAUGUGGACGGCUUACGAAUCGGCGGAGAAGUUCUUCAAAUCCGGUUAAUCUGUCACUUGCGCGCAACUCGGAAAAUUCUGGUGGGGAACACGAUGAUUCACAAGAUGUCGAUGUGGAAACUGUCGCUGCAAAGAAUAUCAACAGAAGAAGAUCUACCACAUCAAGUCAAGAUGAACAACCACAAGAACAGGUAUACCGACGACAACUGCUCAGUGACCGACUAGGACGAGGUAUCGAGCGGGCUAAACGGAAAUCACAUUAUCUGGAACCCCCUGAACUGGACUUACGAACAGUGAAAUUAGAAGAUUAUGCACACCUCAAACCACCUGAUCAAGAUCUUAUGUCUCUUGUGCAGACAUCGCCAGAAAACUACGUCGUCACGCCUCACAGAAAACGAAGGCCAGGUUUCCAUAAUUCACCGUCACAGAAUCCACCGUUUGUAUCAUUCGCUCCAAGUUACUUAGAGGAGAUGGCGCAUUUGCGAUAUGCCCAAGGUCCUGGAGGGGGAGCUGGUGUCGCAGCAAGCGCUCGGCUUAGCGCUUUACAUCCACUUAGUGCAUCUGCACCGCCUUAUCUACCAGAAAGAAGCGCGACUCCACCCGCAGCCGCGCAUGAUGACGUUCUGAAAUACCGACCUCCCAGCGCAGGUUCAUGGGGUACGUGGCUUUGCCAACCGCAAAUAGGGGGAGACGAUGCGCCCUCAACAGAACACGAGCAAGGUUCCAGUAAACAAGCUCCCGUUCGAGAGUACCGAUGCGAAUAUUGCGGCAAGCAGUUCGGUAUGUCGUGGAAUCUCAAGACACAUCUUCGAGUUCAUACUGGUGAAAAACCAUUCGCUUGUCGACUCUGCGUUGCUAUGUUCAAACAGAAAGCGCAUUUGUUAAAACAUCUGUGUUCUGUACAUCGGAACGUGAUAUCGUCGAGCGAAAACGACGGAAGAACCAACACGCCAGGCCGUUUUAACUGUUGUUUUUGCCAACUAACCUUCGAAGCAUUACCGGAACUUAUACGACAUCUAUCAGGGCCACACAAUAGCCUGCUUCUCAGCAAGAACCUGCAUGAAUGACAGCCGCUUAUUUGACGCAGGCGCUCGCGUAACUUUGGACAUUGAAAUUUUUUUCUCUCGAUUCGAGAGCUCAAUUGUGAUAUGUGAUUAAGAAGGAUAAUGAUAAGUGUUUAGUUGUAAGACAUGUGAUAUCGCAGAGCGAUACUCAUAGUAAGGCAUUCACUGGUCUCUGUGGAUAUGAUGCUAAACGACUAUAUAAAAUCACAUGUUUGCCGAAUGGGUCCAAAUUGUUAUAAUUUGUUUAAAAAUUAUAAUCCGGGACCAAAACCUUCCGAGAUAGUAUUUAUUUGAAAGAUGUAUCCUUAGGGUAAAUAUUAUUUAAAAGCCACCGACACAUUAAUAAUUCCUUAAGAAUAGAAAAUAGACAUAGUCAAAGAAAAGUUGCGAAGUUUGUACCGUGAAUCACGAUUGUCACUUGAACUACCUCCUAAUUUAAACAGUAUCUUGAACCACAGAGUGACGCUAAAUAUGGUUUUGCAUAGUCUUUCUACUUGUACCAAGUAUAGAGAUAAAGGUUCUAGUCAGAAUUGGAACUUAGCAUUAGGUGAAUCAUGUCAAUUCGUUGAAUUAAGGAAAAUUUUUGGUGCUUCCACUAAAACGUAAACUACCCCGCACAAAAUUCUGUUUACGAUCUCAACGCGAUCACGCCCUUGAUAAAAAUUCUAUCAAAAAUCAAACUGUAUCUUUGUGUCUGUUCCAAUGCAGCAUCUGACUCCGCAUUUCGCAGCUUUUCAAUGACAUUUUUCAAUCUCAAUAUUAGAUUUUAUCGCUCUAUGUAAUUUCUUAAAUAAAGAAGCAAUGUGUUCGUUAUAUUGUACG